AUGGAGGAGGAGAUAGAGAAGAAGAGCGUGGACAUGGACAGUGGCGAGGUUACUGAGAAGAAGAGGAAACCGCAGCAACGUCGUCGUGGUGGCAUCAGAACGUUACCUUUCAUCCUAGCAAAUGAAUUCUGUGAUAGAUUUGCAGUAGCUGGUUUCAAUGCUAACUUGAUAAGUUACCUGACCCAAGUGCUGAACAUGCCACUGGUAUCUGCCUCCAACAUUAUCACAAUCUAUGCUGGAACAGCUAGCUUCAUCCCUCUUCUUGGUGCUAUCAUUGCUGAGUCCUUUGCUGGCCGCUUUUGGACCAUUACUGUUGCUUCUCUUAUCUAUCAACUGGGAUUGGUCAGUUUAACUGUAUCAGCUAUUCUGCCCCAUUUUCGCCCCCCACCAUGUCCAACACAAGUGAAUUGCCAAGAAGUCACACCCUCACAACUGACCAUACUCUACGUCUCUCUCCUCCUCACAUCUCUUGGAUCAGGUGGCAUUAGGCCUUGUGUUCUGCCCUUUUUAGGGGACCAAUUUGACAUGACCAAAAAUGGUGUCGCGUCUAGGAAAUGGAACCUCUUCAAUUGGUACUUUUUCAGCAUGGGAUUGGCUUCAUUAAGUGCCUUGACCAUUGUGGUUUACAUUCAAGACAACACGGGUUGGGGUUGGGGCUUCGGCAUACCAACUAUUGUCAUGCUGGUAUCCAUCAUUGUCUUUGUGUUGGGCUCACCACUCUACAAGACUGAGAAACCAGGAGGGAGCCCUUUGGUUCGUUUGGUCCAAGUGAUUGUGGCAGCUAUAAAGAAGAGGAAGGAGACUUUGCCAAAUGAUCCCAAGUUUUUGUACCAAAAUAGGGACCUCGAUGCUGCUAUUUGUUUGGAAGGAAGACUUUUACACACAAAUCAAUUUAAGUAA